AUUCGUGGUUUACAUUAGAGUUCUGGUGUAUGUCUCGCUGCCUUGUUUACUGAGUGUUUUGGGGUUCUUCGGCUAUACAGAAUAUGGAAAAUCAAGUGAUUAAGUGCUUCUGCGGUUCAAGCAAUCAAACGAAAUCUUAUCUUUAUCCGUAACAGCAAUACCCAUACAUGGUCAAAGCACUGAGUCGCAUUUCUCACUUCCUCUUUUUUCAAGGUUUACGUAAACAUCGCCAUGAAACCGGUAGUCAUGGGAUAGAGUGAGGUAAAAAUAAGGGUCUCCGUUUAUGACACUGACACGGUGUCGCUUCCUCUCACUUCUCUCACCCGGAAGGAAAAUGGUUUCUGUCCAAAAUCAUUUACAAAUUCUUCGCUUGCGUACGAGGUCCUGCGCCGAGGAGGGACUUCAGGUCCGUAUUUACAACACGUUUUCACCGCUGUCCACAUAUCCUUCCUAUGCCCAGAACUCACCGGUACUCCACAUAGAUAGAGAGAGAGAGAGAGAGAGAGAGAGAGAGAGAGAGAGAGAGAGAGAGAGAGAGAGAGAGAGAGAGAGAGAGAGAGAGAAGAAGAGAGAGAGCCAAACGGCGUACGGCGACCACAUACACUGGGGCACUGAAUAUUGUAGCAAUAUUAUCUAUGUGGUCUUCUAUGCGGGCGAGAGAGUGGAACGACGUGAACGGGACGCGAGGGAUCCCUGCUGAGGGCGCGUCGGGUUGCGUCAGCGUGGGCGCCUCCUGCACGCUCUCUCCCACAGGUUGCUGCCCCGUGCCACCUCCCGAGCCACCUGCUUUCACGUCCUUGCCACCUGUCGCCGCUCACUCGCCAUGCCCCCUCAGGACGCGCGCUCUUCGUAACUUGCCAGACAACCGGAAGCCGGCAUUUCCGAGGGAUGGGAUUUCGCCUGAGAUUCACGCGUUUCCGGUGUCGAUGAAGGGCUCCAGCGAGGAAAGACUCGGCGGGCCAGAGCAGUGCCAGCAGGUGGGAGGCCAGCUAGUGCCGCGCGGACUACAGAGGAAGCACCAUCUGUGGAGGAACUUUUGUCAGGCCUCGAGAUUCGGGAUGGUUUUCUGCAGGGAGAACUCGCGGAAAGAUUCGAAUCUGUUUUCCCACAAUGCCCGGUGUUGAUCGUGACGUCACAGUGCAGAGGGAGAACUUGCCGCCAUACUGAGUGUAAUUGUGAGAAUUCUUUUGAAUCCCAUGCCAUCCGUGCGAUUUCUCGAUGUUGAACGCUAAAUACAUGACAUCUUACCACCUUCAAUUUCCGAAAAGUGCUUGCGAGGGAGGAGAGUGUCGGGAUGGCCGGUAAGUACGGAGGAGAAUAGACGCGAAGUGGACGAAGCCGAUUCUCUUUUUUCUCGCUGAAGGGAGUGAAGUGUCGCCGGUGUUAAGAGUUUGAAUAAGAGUUUCGCCGGCCAACCUAGGCAAGUGUGGCGGCGACCUCCACGCACGCCCACGACAGUAACUCCAUGAUGUCUGAUUUUGCAGGCAAUGGGGAGAUCCAAUGGUGCUUCUCUCAAGUCAAGGGAACUCUCGACGACGAUGUUAGUGAAGGUAAGAAUAUCAUGUUCGUUUUUUUCUCCUGUC